UCUGUGUGUAUGUGUGUGUCUUUCUGUGUGUCUCUCUGUCAUCUCUCUCUGUGUGUCUAUGUGUGUGUCUCUCUCUCUGUGUGUCUUUGUGUCAUCUCUCUCUGCUUAUGUGUCUGUCUAUGUGUCUCCGUGUCUCUCUCUAAAAUUGAGCAAUCUUUGGAAGAACGUAAUCAGCCAGUUGGGGUGUUGACUGUUAUGUUAGCUGACUCUCUGUGUUGUAUUGCAUUACAUUUAUAAGUUGACUAGGUUUUUUUUCUCUUUCAUUUGUACCUGAUGAUGAUUGCUUGUGUUGCAGUUGAAACGUCGUAUGCUAUUAUUUAAUUUAUUUAUUUAAUCUACGUGACUUUACCGAAAGAACCAAAGGGUAUCUUGCUUAAGUUUUAAUUUCUCUUCACCUGUCUCGCUACUUUGUAACUUUGUUUAUUUUAAAUAUUCACAGUUUAUUUUUUAACAGGCCAUGCCCACUUGAGCUGCUGUACCGCUCUUGUUUUCAGAAGCAACCUGCCCACAACAACAACAAGCUGUCGCUGCCUCUGCAGAAUUGCUCUGAUGGAGCAAAGGCAGUCGGCGCGGUUUGGUGCAAAAAGGCAACAAUGUGACCGGUGUGCAUACAGCACGGAUCAUCCUGGAAAUUUGACACAGCACCAGAGAACUCACACAGGAGAGAAACCGUUCAAGUGCAGUGUGUGUGGGAGGGCGUUUGCACAGUUGUCUGCUCUUGUAGCACACCAGAGAACACACACGGGAGAGAAACCCUUCAAGUGCACUGUGUGUGGGAGGGCGUUUUCAGAUUCAUCUGCUCUUAUAAAACACCAGAGAACACACACGGGAGAGAAACCCUUCAAGUGCACUGUGUGUGGGAGGGCGUUUGCACAGUCAUCCGCUCUUGUAACACACCAAAGAACACACACGGGAGAGAAACCCUUCAAGUGCAGUGUGUGUGGGAAGGCGUUUUCAGAUUCAUCUGCUCUUAUAAAACACCAGAGAACACACACGGGAGAGAAACCCUUCAAGUGCAGUGUGUGUGGGAAGGCGUUUUUAGAUUCAUCCACUCGUGUAAUACACCAGAGAACACACACGGGAGAGAAACCGUUCAUGUGCAGUGUGUGUGGGAAGGCGUUUUCACAGUCAAUUAAUCUUGUAGCACACCAGAGAACACACACAGGAGAGAAACCCUUCAAGUGCAGUGUGUGUGGGAAGGCGUUUUCACAGUCAAUUAAUCUUGUAGCACACCAGAGAACACACACAGGAGAGAAACCCUUCAAGUGCAAUGUGUGUGGGAAGUUGUUUUCACAUUCAUGUUCUCUUGUAGCACACCAGAGAACACACACGGGAGAGAAACCCUUCAAGUGCAGUGUGUGUGGGAAGGCGUUUGCACGGUCAUCACAUCUUGAACAACACCAGAGAUCACACAAGCAUCAGAAGAUCCACAAGGAGUGGAGUCUGAAAUCAGCUUGCGAAAGUCAAAGUGCCGCAAUGAGCCCAUCCCUCGUGAAACAAGAACCGGAAGACAAUUCCAGCUUGGACGCUUUUAAAGGUAUCGAGGUGAAACAUGAAGAGGUGAAGGUGAAAUUUGAAGAAGUGAUGGUGAAGAGCGAAGAAGUGAUGGUGAAAUGUGAAGAAGUGAUGGUGAAGAGUGAAGAAGUGAUGGUGAAAUGUGAAGAAGUGAUGGUGAAGAGCGAAGAAGUGAUGGUGAAGAGCGAAGAAGUGAAGGUAAAAUGUGAAGAUGAAGAUUCAACUCCAAAAUCUGACCUUCACAUCGAUGGAGGCAACGUGAAGCAGGAGGAGAAUUCUGACUGUGAGGCCGAGCGAGGCAACUCCCAGCAGUUUGUGGAAGUGGAGGUGUGGGUGGACUUCCUCCGAGACAAUACAAAGUCAAAUGGAGACCCGGUAGAUGCCAGCCCCGCCCCGUCCCUCCACAGAAAGAACCAAAGAGUAUCUUGCUUAAGUUGUAAUUUCUCUUCACCUGGCUCGCUACUUUGUAACUGUUUUAUUUUAAAUAUUCGCAGUUUUUUUUUUCAUUUUUUACCAGGCCACGCCCGCUUGAGCUGCUGUACCGCUCUUGUUUUCAGAAGCGACCUGCCCACAACAACAAUAACAAGCUGUCGCUGCCUCUGCAGAAUUGGUCUGAUGGAGCAAAGGCAGUCGGCGCGGCUCAGUGCAAAAAGGCAACAAUGCGACCUGCGUGCCAACAGCACGGAUCGUCCUGAACAUUUGACAAGGCACCAGAGAACUCACACAGCAGAGAAACCCGUCAAGUGCAGUGUGUGUGUGAAAACGUUUGCACAGUCAUCUGCUCUUGUAGUACACCAGAGAACUCACACAGCAGAGAAACCCUUCAAGUGCAGUGUAUGUGGGAAGGCGUUUGCACGUUCAUCUACUCUUGUAGAACACCAGAGAACUCACACGGGAGAGAAACCCUUCAAGUGCAAUGGGUGUGAGAAGGCGUUCUUACUUUUAUCUACUCUUGUAGCACACCAGAGAACACACACAGGAGAGAAACCCUUCAAGUGCAGUUUGUGUGAGAAGGCGUUUGCACAGUCAUCUACUCUUAUAAUACACCAAAGAUCACACACGGGAGAAAAACCCUUCAGGUGCAGUGUGUGUGGGAAGGCGUUUGCACAGUCAUCUACUCGUAUAAAACACCAGAGAACACACACGGGAGAGAAACCCUUCAAGUGCAGUGUGUGUGAGAAGGCGUUUGCACGUUCAUCAAAUCGUCGUGUCCACCAGAGAACACACACGGGAGAGAAACCCUUCAAGUGCAGUGUGUGUGGGAAGGCAUUUCCGCAAAAAUCUGCUCUUAAAAAACACCAGAAAACACACACGGGAGAGAACCCCUUCAAGUGCAGUGUGUGUCCAAAGGCGUUUGCACAGUUAUCGACUCUUGUAGCACACCAGAGAACACACACGGUAGAGAACCCCUUCAGGUGCUUUCCGUGCGGGAAGGCGUUUGGACUUUCACCACAUCUUCAAAGACACCAGAAAUCACACGCGCAUCAGAAGAUCCACAAGGAGUGGAGUCUGAAAUCAGCUUGUGAAAGUCAAGGUGCCUCAAUGAGCCCAUCCCUCAUCAAACAAGAACCGGAAGAAAAUCCCAGCUUGGACACUUUUAAAGGUAUCGAGGUGAAAUGUGAAGAAGUGAUGGUGAAGAGUGAAGAAGUGAUGGUGAAAGGCGAAGAAGUGAAGGUAAAAUGUGAAGAUGAAGAUUCAGCUCCAAAAUCGGACCUGCACAUCCAUGGAGGCAACGUGAAGCAGGAGGAGAAUUCUGACUGUGAGGCCGAGCGAGGCAACUCCCAGCAGUUUGUGGAAGUGGAGGUGUGGGUGGACUUCCGAGACAAUACAAAGUCAAAUGGAGACCCGGUAGAUGCGUAAGCUUGAGACGAUGUCGCUCCAAUAGAUGCACCUUUGUCACAGGCCUUUAAUGACAAGAAUGUGAAGUUGAACACUCAAUUCCUAGGUUCAACCUGCAGGGUAAGAGCGGCCAGUCUUUGUGGACCGGUGUGUUGGGUAGAUCUCUAACCAGGAGCGAGAGCCAAUAAGCUCCCAAGCAUUCACUGUUAUCAAUUGCAUUUAUAUUGUGCUUGCUUAAUUGCCUCGGCAACUCGGAGUUUUGUAUCGUUUCUCGUCUCAAACACUCGAAGAGCAUCCCCAAGUAGCAGCUGCCCCUGUGUGGCACAAGGUGGUGGCCCUGCACCGGCCUGCAUGUGGACAAGAGCCUGUCAGUAGGGGGCGCUGGUUGAUGUGGGAUCUUGGUUGUGGAGUUUGUAAGUAAUGUUUAGAAUUUUUAUCAAUUUUUACCCAGACGCCAGCAUGCAAUGGCCUACUCGUUUUGAAUGGCGCAAUAGUAUGUUGUUUGCACUAUUAAGCAGACGGUGCAUAUUUUUUUAAAUUAGCUUCUUGUUAAAACGAUGUAACCUGAUGCAGCAUAUUUCAUUGCAGUAAUUCAAUUUUGUUAAAAAUUACUCAAUAAUUUUGAAUGAAUACUUGUAUGAUUGUCUGCGUACAUGUACCAUUUUGUCUAUAAGGGUCAAACAUUGAAUAAGUUAUGUUAGGACAAAGUGUGUGUUUUGCAAGUAACCUGUACAGAUCACUCAGGUGAGACUCGUAGUUCUUGUGAUACAGGUCAAAGGGUAUUUUUGUGUUUUCAGGAAGCAUCUGCCUCUGGAGCAACUCAUUGUCUUUGAAAUAGGGAGCACACUCAGAUCAUUCAUCAGUUACAAGGCAUACCACUCAAAAGUUACACGUAGUGUAGCAAUGUAAAUGCGCUGUGUACACUUACCUGCAGGGGCAGACAAGGUCCAGCAGGGGCAGUCGCUAUAUCCCCAGCCCCAAAGCAGGUGGGGGCUGUGGGGUGUCCUGAAUCCCCCAGGACCCCUCCCAAUAGGAGGGGGCUACUGGGAUCCCCCGGAGCCCCCUCUGGAACUCUCCGGAAGGGAGGCGGAGCCAGGGACUGAUGCACGGGUGCUGGAUACACAAGCCGGAAGGGUCCGGGGCCAGUCCAAGACAAGCUAGAAGACCAGCGAGCUAGGACGCUGGGACCCCCUCACCCCGCUGCACUUGUGGGUGCCGGGACUCUGUGGGCCAGUGGUGAGACCCUGGGAACCCCUGGCCGGACAGGGGGGGGAUUAAAUAAAUAAAAUAUUAACCAUUUCGGAUCUUAACUGAUUGUGUCCACGUUUACGGUGACUUUCAGACCGCGUUCCACUCACUGACAUUGACUAUAUAUCUUGUAUUCUCCGCAGGGAAUGGAUUCUUUGCUCCGUUCAUGCGACGGUCAAUGGUAUAGUGUAUAACAUAUUGUAUAAUAAAUAGUAUUAAAGUGUAAUGUUUGAUACAAUGUGUAAGGUAAUAUAUAGUAUCGAAAUUGUAUAGUGAAUAUACAGCAGUGUGGUAUACAGUUGGGUGGGUAGAAUAAUACAGUGUAAUAUUACACUAUGUAUUAUUCUAAGACAUAGGGUAGUGUAUAGUAAUACAGUAUACAAUUUAAUACUAUGUGGUUUAUACUUUAGCGUUUUACGUUGUUGUUUAGUUACUGCAGCUACAUACUAUUAACAUUCCUUCCCUUUAUUAAUGCUACCCCUAUCCCCCUCCCUUUGAUGCUGCUUAUCCUGCAUAAUGCGUGGGCAUUAUGCAGGAUUAGCAUUUCACAAAUAGCACUAAUCACAUUCCUGCAUUUCCCAUAAAUAUGCUAAA